AUGAACAACACUCCCGCGGACACAGUGGAAGUACUAGACGACGAAAAUCGAUCAAAACUAGCGACACUAAAAUCCAUUGUGCAACAACAACAAACACUCAUUCACGACAAGAAAGCAGCAGCACUACGCGACGCUGAAGUCAGUGUACGACAACGCGCAGAUAAUCAAAGAGCAUUACGCGAGGAAAUUGCGAAAUAUGAAAGUUACAUUCACAAACAUCAACAAAAACAACCUAAAACGCGAGAACAAGUAAGACAACUCGAGCAGCAAGUUGAAGAAUAUCGAACCCAAUACCAAAACAGUCAAGCAAAGAAAAGAUCGAUACAACAAACACGCGAUCAUAAAGAAGCCCAGACAAUAAAGGCGCGAAAACAGCUCGAGAAAGCUGAACUCCUAGCAAAUACAGAAGCUCUACAGCUCAAAAUUACUGGAUUAGGUGAUUUUAAGAACAAGUUCGAGUUUAGAUGUAUCGAUGAAAAUCACCCAGAGAAAGAAUAUUCGUUUGUUCUCAGACUAUCUGAGGAUGGGAUCUAUUCAGUUACUGCUUGUGAUCCACCAAUCCGUAACCUCGACGAAUUGGAGGCCCAGCUACGACAAGAAGGGGACCCAUACUUGUUUCUGAAACGCAUGCGGAAUGCAUUUAGUGAACAUGCAGCGAGUAACGGUGAUGCUGAUACUAUGAAGCUUUUAUUAUAA